UUUCAAGGUCUGCAGCUUCAAACCCGAAAGUACUAAACCAGGUAAAAAUAGAGUUCAGGCAUUGUGUGCUUUCGCUGAACCUUCUCCAUCGGAAUAUACAGACGCGUAUUGGAAGUUCUUGAGUGUAAUGAUUCAGGACAAGAUUGCAGUUGCAAUUAAAGGAGACAACUGCAUCCUCAAUUAUGGUUUCAGGUUGUUCAAAAAGAAUGAGAAGAUAGUCAGUCAACACCAGUAUAUACGCCAAAAACUGAGAGAACUUGGCAGGCUUUUAUUGGAAGCUAAAAAAAUCACACAUGUGAAGACCAUUCAAGAACUCAUCAAACCUGAACAGUACUCCCAGGUUGUCAGAGCUGCAAAGAACCUAUCUGGAUUCAGUGAGGAAACUGGCAUAUACCAAUGUCCCUCUCUUGCACGCAAGGUAGGGCACAGCCUGCAUUCGUUGGCUAUGUUUAUCAAGUCUGAAGGACUGAAAAAGAAAGAUAAAGAAACCAUUAAAGAUGCUGAGGAGUUUGCACAGUUGUAUUUAGAGAGUUGGAGGUUUGAUAUUGCAGGCCAGGCAUUAACCCAGCUUAACCGGGCCAAAUGGAAUGCACCGCAACUUUUACCUCUUACACAAGAUAUCCAAAGGCUACAUUGCUAUCUAGAAGAAAAACUGCAGCAACAUCUCAAAGAUUUAAAAGAACAUCGUUCAUCCACAAAUUGGAAGGAACUUGCAAAAGUAACGCUGACUCAAGUUAUGCUUUUUAAUCGGCGGAGAGCAGGUGAAGUGUCCCGAAUGCGCCUGUCUGCAUACUUAUCGAAGGACACAUCAGAGGAACAGGGAGAUGUAAAUUUGGCCCUCACAGCGCUUGAGCAGAAGCUCUGCAGGCAUUUUGUGCGAAUAGCAAUUGUUGGAAAAAGAGGAAGGAAGGUUCCUGUUCUUCUAACCCCAUCAAUGAGAGAAUCACUUGAUGCUCUUACUGAGAGCAGAGAAGAAUGUGGGGUGCUGAAGGACAAUGGAUAUCUGUUUGCAUUGCCACAAUCUGACCAUUACCUCAGGGCUUGUGACUGCUUGAGGCAAUUUGUCAGUGAAUGUGCAGACAUAAAAAAUCCUCAAGCGCUAACAUCAAUUCAACUGAGGAAACAUAUUGCUACCCUGUCUACUGUUCUGAACCUUAAAACCACCGAGCUCGACCAGUUGGCAGACUUCCUUGGUCAUAAUAUCGCUGUUCACAGGAAACACUACAGGCUCCCAGAAAGCACCCUACAAUUAGCCAAAGUAAGUAAAGUCCUUCUGGCAAUGGAACAAGGACGCCUAGGAGAUUACAAAGGAAAGAGCCUCGAUGAAAUACAAGUCGAUGUAAAUGAGACCAUUGACAUGGAGGGACCUUUAGCAGAGGACAUUGAAGAUGUCAGUAUGCUAGGAGAAGAUGGGUCAGAUGAUGAGGUCAGCAUGUCAUCCACGCAAGAAUGUACCUCCACAUCACAAAGUCAAAACCAGGGAGUGUCUGCCACCGAUGUCAGUAUGCCAAGAGAAGAGGGGUCAGAAGAUGAGGUCAGCAUGUCAUCCCUGCAAGAAUGUUCCUCCACAUCACAAGUCCAAAACCGAAGUGUGUCUGCAAAAAAGAGAGGUAAGCUUUGGGGCUUGCACUCUCUUUUGGGCCAGAGCUGCUCAUUUAUUUUUAAGGGCUUUUACUUUGCUUCCUUGACUCAACACUUGAAAUAUGUCUGUCCCUCCUUAUUGUCUGGUGCCACAAGCCUGACAGUGGCUUGAAAGAAGCUGUUGCAGGAAGAGACCUUGUGAGCCUGCAUUGUCGCAGGUUUUAGGGUUGGGGAAAGACUGGCAUCAUCACCUUUAUAUCAAUAAGAAGUCUGUUGUAUGUAAAAAAAAAAAAAAAUCUUUAACACUUUAUGGAGUUACUCAGGGAAAAAUGCUUGCAUUUCCUCCAACAACAGACGUGUACAGAGACCAGUUGAAAAACUCAAACCUCCACAUGCAGCUGACUUUAUUCAAUGACCUUUUAAAAGUGCCUUAUAAAUAGAAAAUAUUAUCAUUAUUAUUGUUUUUAUUAUUAUUAUUUUGUGAAAUGCAAGAAAGAAUAAAAUUGCUUUAAGUGAGAGAGUCUGUGUUUAUACUCGAGUUUAGGGUAAAAGCAUCCUGUUGCAGUUUCUUUUACAGAAUUAUAAUGUAAUGCCGUCAGAAGUACAAUGAGCCACUGCAAACCACUCAGUUUAAUAAAUACAACACGCAAAGAAAAAAGAAUGCAAUCAAAACAGUUAACUAUAAAGUUAAAAAGCAAAACUAAACAGAAUGCAUCUGAGCAGGCACUCCUUCGUUGCUUUCUGCCUUUCGUUAACCUGUUGCAGCUCUUCCUUCAGCCAGUUGUUGGUCGUUCUCAGGGUGGUUUUGGCAAAAGAGGGAGCACGGGGCUUGGAGAAGCUGGCAGCACAGGGGGGCUGGGGUUUUUCCACCGAUUCAUGCACUCUUUCAGCAAUGUGACCCAAACAUCCGUAGACUCGUGAUCACUCUGGCCAAUCACAAGAGAGUACAUCCACUUAGCUGCGUUUGCGUAGUUGGGUAGCACGUCAGGUCCGAAGAGGUGCCCAUCAAGCUGCAUAAUUAAGGAUUAAUUUGCUUUUUUUUUUUUUUUU